AUGGUUCACGUGAGCCUGGUGUCAGUGGUGUUUAAGACCAUUUGGCGUGCUGCUAGAGUCUUCCCCCAGAGCCCUGAGGAUGAUGACAGGAAGGUCCGAAGGAGAGAGAAAAACCGUGUCGCUGCUCAGAGAAGUCGGAAGAAGCAGACCCAGAAGGCUGACAAACUCCAUGAGGAAUACGAGUGCCUGGAGCAAGAAAACGCAGUGCUGCGGCGGGAGAUCGGGAAGCUGACGGAGGAGCUGAAGCACCUGAGCGAGGCGCUGAAGGAGCACGAGAAGAUGUGCCCGCUGCUGCUGUGCCCCAUGAACUUCGUGCCGGUGCUGCGGCCGGACCCGGUGGCCGGCUGCCUGCCCCGGUGAAGCCCAGCGAGGAGCCUGGUCCUUUUCAUACCUGUGAGCGGGGUUCCCUCCGCAUCCAGGGGACCUGUGGCUGGGCCUCCUCCACCGGUUCCUCUUCCCGGAGAGGCCGUCUUCUAGCUCCUCGGGGUGUUUUGUGGCUCAUGGAUCUUGGUCAUCCCCCCACCACAGCCACAUCCAUGUGAGAUGGGGAGGCACCUUGCCAGGCCUCCUCCUCGGAGCUCCGGGCCAUGCCCACAGGCACCUGACUCUCAGAGCCUUGAGCGGAUCCAGGACACCCAGGUUGGGAGACCACCCUCAUGACUCACUUCACUUCCAGUAUGGCAGCUACGAGGUUCCGCCGUUGUGCAGAAUCAUUUUCUCUAGAAUUGGGUAAUAAAGAGUGUUAUUGUUUCUCUUUU